AUGAUGAUGACGAUGGCCAAUUCAGCUGAUUUCGGUUCCGAAGACCACUACGAUACUCCUUGGGAGUUUUUGGCCCGCCCCAAUUCUGUCAGAUUCUCCACAGCCGACGUGCGGCUGUCGACAACAGCGACAGGAGAUGCUAAAGUCUCUCCACACGGCUCACCGUCAAUGUGCUCAAGCUCUUCGUUCGUCAAUCAACUCGUACAAAUCGGGAAUUCGGCUGUUGACGCCAGACGGAAACAGAGAGAUGAGAGUAAACGGAGAAGACCUAGCGAUUCGGAAAUUCACAUGGAACCGAAUAUGAAUCGAGUGGAAGCUGAAAAACGGCUGGAACAUCGAAAUCUUGGGGAUUUUCUUCUGCGAUCACGUGGCGAGGGAAGUGCCGCACUAUCACUGAGAGCUACCAAAGGAGUGGUACAUAUUAAAAUUGAGUGGAAUGGGGAGAAAUGGGUCAUUGGCGAGGGACCUCUAUUCCGAUCGAUAAACUCUGCGAUCUCUUUCUAUCGCCGUCACCCGCUUCCGAUACGUGGCGCCGAUCAUCUCGUCUUAAAUCACCAAUUAAGGCCUAAUUAG